GACCUCGGCUCCUCGACGCCGCCGCGGAGCCCUGCCAAGGCGGGGGCGAGCAUGCCUGCGCCGGACCCCCUGCAUCUGGGACCGCCGCUGUCGCCGAGGUCUUCCCUUCGCCCGGGGCCGACGGCGCCGCCGCCGGGCCCGGCGCGCUCCGGCCCAGUGUCCCCUCUGCCGGUCACGGAGCCCACGCACCCUGGGCCCCCGCCGCCCACCCGCAGCCUCGCGCGCCCGGGGCCGCCGCUCCCUGCGUUGGACCACCUGCACUCGGAGGCCCCUUCGCCAGCGCGGUCGCCCGCUCGGCUCGGGCCGCCUCCCCCCGCGCCCGACCUCCUGCACCCGGGGGCGCCGCCGCCGCCGCGCGCGCUCGCGCGUCCAGGUUCGGCGUCCUCCUCGUCCGGGAUGAGCCGCCCGGGGCCGCCGGCGCCGACCCCGGAGUGCGCGAACCUGGGACCAUCCCCGUCCUCGCGGAGCCUUGCCAUGGUCGGGCCUGCGACGCCGACCCUGGACCACCUGCACCUGGGGCCCCCGACGCCGCUGCGGUCCCCCCACAAUGCGGGCCCGCCGCUGCCGCCCUCCGGCCUGGGCCGCCCAGGCCCGAGCACGCCCGCUCUGGACCGCACGUGGCUGGGGCCAUCGCCGCCGCCUCGCAGCCACGCGCGCCCGGGCCCCGCCGCCCCGGCGCUGGACC